AUGGAUUCUGAAGUCUUUCAGUACAUCUUUCACCAUGUCGUCUUCCCUCCAAAAUUACCCGGAGAACCUGAACGCAACCAAAAACCCCUUGAGAGCGGGAUGAUGAGGUUUGUAAAAGAUACUCUUGUCUCCUUUGUUGAAGAGAGACCGCCAGAUAUCCAGGACAAAUGGAAGCCGGCUGUCAAUAUGCUUGGACUGUGGCUCUCAGUCGAUGCAGGAGGGGAUGAUAUCAACCGCCAUCAAGACCUUCUCACGCGCCAUAUAAAGGAUCUAAAAACCAAUGGAGCCAUUGCACUGUACGUUUGUGUGCAAAACUGUGGGUGGCUAGCACAUUAUGACAGUGCCCGUGACAAUGUCAUUAUUGAUGCUUUUGAGGUAACCGCCACCUCAGCUGCUAUCCUCAAGGCCACAGGUCCUCUUACUCGCUGCUUUCCGGGCCAGAGCGUGGUCAUUCCCGCCUCGAUGAUCAAUGAAAUUGGCUUCUGCAAAUAUUUGGCUCAUAACCUUUGCCGUCUAAACCUGGAGACUGUCCGUGAGAUGUGUCCCAAGGCCACUCAAUCACGAGAUUGUAUCGAGGAAAUCCGGGAUACUGUACAUCCUGGCUUGGUCACAGAAGGGCUAAUGUCCCAGAUUUUACCAUUCGGGGAACACAAUGUCUGGAAGUCCUUUGAAAAGCACGUGCGUGACGAGGUCAUUUAUGAUGACGCCAAACUACCAUGGCGACGUUCACCCCUGUGGUUCGUGAUAAAAGUUGCCCUUCAAACGGUUCUCUAUCGCAUCUUCCCGGACAAUGAGGGCCACGCAGAAUAUAAAAAUUUUAUGCUUUAUCUCGCAGUUAAGAUUGGAGAGGAAGCUCAGAAGUUGAAACUCCCUAACAUCGCGGAUAUUCUCGCCAUUGUCCGAGCCAAGGUGGCCCGCCGUACGUAUAAGCUGCAAGGCAAAUCUUUCGAAACUGUGGUGGAGCGAACAAUGGAAGCCGAUCAAGCCAUUUUGCAGCAUUUACAACAGCUCCGUGCCUGCAUUCAGAAGCCCGAGUUCACAAAUAUUUCCCAUUCAUUUGGGCCGCUGCAAGAAUGUGACUUGGAAACAUCGCUGAAGAUUUCCAGAGAUUACAUACACAAUGCAAUGCAGAAUCACUCAUCAGCUCCGCCUUUGUCAACUUUCAGUAGGAAGCAGAAACCGCGGAAAAAACGCCAGACAACUGGCCUCCCGAAGCUAGAAGACGACGAGGUUCUCUCACUACUUGACUUUGAGGCUUGGGUGGACACUGAACUACAAGAAUGGCAUGCCCAAACCAACCCAACUGAGAAAGUUUGCAGUGACCUUGCGGAUCUCAUGAAGUACUACUCCAAAUUCGCGAGCAGCAAAUACGCUCAGAUGCGAGACGCAUGUUCUCUGAUGCUUCUCGUUUUGCUGGAACUAUGGGUUGUCCUUGAUAGCCUCUGUGUUCGCUUCUGUCCUCUUCUUAAAGAAUAUUCGCCUGAGCUAUCUAAGAAGCUCGUUGAGCCCUUACUCCUUCCUCACUUUCAUCAAAUGCAGCGAGCACGACAAGUCGAGGACUAUAUCCGUUCAAGGCAAAGUAGCUCUCUCAAAAGCAUCUUUUCUGACCCAGGUCCCGACACGUUUGCCGUUCGAUAUUUCAAUGAUAAGACCCGGAAACAUAAAAGGAUUCUUGAAGGUAUUAAAAGUCAUGCCACACAGGAACGCGAGGCUUUGCGCAAGGAGUGGGAAAAACUGUCAAAACAGUAUCAAGACCUCAUCAUCAAAGCAUCAAACCUCACUCACGACUCUGAAUUGGAUGAAUGGGAUAAUGAGACUCACUCUCUCUCUUGCGGUAAAUGUACUUUGGAAACAGAGGCGCAAAAGCUGGCCAUUCAAGUCCACGAGUGGCCACUUCCUGAAAAUGAGGACAAGGCAAAGAAUAUUGUGUUUGAACUUAAUUGCCCUGCCUGGUUUGCUAAAUGGCGAGAUAUCACUUGGAAACUUGUGGACGACUACGGCAGGCCUCAGGCAAGAGUACCUGCAAGGAUGGAAAUGAAUAUCUUAGAGUACCCGGCCACGCUAACCUUUGCUGCUAAAUGGGACCAGAGGCUGACCCUCGCUUCCUCCACAAAAUCAUGGUUAAAUACCCAUUACAAAGCUCAGAACUUUCCAGUCACUUUCGACACGAUUGCAGUUUCCAAUGCUUUCAACUUCUCGCUAUGGGAUACAGAGAGAGAGGUAUGGGUUGCAGGAAGAUUCAGGCUCCAGAAGUACCCGGCUUUCAACCAUUUAUGCACGCUUACGCUCAACGACCCAAAAUAUUCCGGCCUUCAGUAUGCUGUCGAGUCGUGUCAACAUCAACAGAACAAGGUACUGGCAGACCAACGUAAUUUGCACCCAAAAAUAACGCUCCAGGAGAUGAGCACCUUCAGCCAUCUUCGUGCUGGUGAGCGUCUACAAUGGUACAAUAUAGCCCGAGAACUAGUGUCUUCCUCGUUCUCGAUGAAUGAGAGCUCUCUUGGCUCACCUGGGUCCGGAACGCAACUUGGCGAGGCUCAUGCAUUCUUUGAAGAGCUCGCGUCCGUUAACAGACUUUUGGAGUCGCUCGAACAUAGGCUACGCAUCAUUUCGAUAAACUGGAAUGAACACUAUACCCUGCACACACUCGUCAUCUUAGGUGCUCGAAUUUUAAGUCUGUGUCCCACGUCAGCUGUCGAGCGCGCAUCGUCCUUCCUCAAGCGAUGCAGGAAGGUCGCGAUAGAUUGGUGCGCAAGGAUCAAGACGGCUCUUGAUGCCAAAAUGGGUGCCGAGAAUGACUCACGCCUGUCACUACUUUUCAGAAUCGGGGGAAUCUGCCUUUUAACAUUUUCUGUUGAGGACAGACAUCUUGCGAGAGUCCUUGAAAGCGAAGAAGAUUUGCAGUUCCUGUUGAGAUCUUCAAUCGUGCUCUUUGAGAAUACGCCUGAGCCAAUCGAGAGCCAAUCUUUGGAAACCAGAGCUUUAGUUCUUCAGGGUACAAGGGUUCUCCGGAAUUCCGAGAAGCAAGUAUCGCAACUUAUCAUUGAGCACCCAUCGGCUCUUAAUGUUGCUAUCAAACAAACCGCCAACCACCUUCAGAUUUCAUCACCCUGGUGCUUCGCCCCUGGUGAUAACCAGAGAUGGGCUACGAAUAACUCGGUAACCACUGAUGGGGAGAAACAGGAAAUUCACUAUAAUAUACUGAGUGGCGAGCUCCUGAUUAACAAUGAACGGCCGAAGCGCCUUCCGGAGGAGUACACAAGACAUCCAUUAUUCCGGCGGCUAUUUGGCCAGCAAGCUAUUUCCGUGGUCUCUUGCCGCAGAAAGGGUACGAAGUUUGCAUCAACGCAACAGUUUGGGAAUUACAUUGUGUAUUUUCGCCUUGAAGGAGACCAGCUAGUGGUUAGAACGAUGACAGACCGCGUCCUGCGGUUAAUACCACAUGACGUCUUAGCCAAAGACUUUCCAGACUCCCUUAUCACGAACUUUACGCACUGGUUGGACCUAAAGACAGGAGAAAUUGAAUUCCGACCUCUUGAUCAAGUCUGGGAGCCAAAUCCGAAGAACUGGCGUACAUUCUAUAAAUACCAAAAUGGAGAGAUUCCAAGGACCAAACAGGGCCAACGAGUGUUGGUCGAUGUUCACAGCGGCCUCUUUGCACAGAUUUCAAAUGUUCUGUCUCGCUUAGACCAUCUGAAGCAUAUCCAAAUCACGUCAACCCAGGACACCAGAAUCGAGGCCAAAUUGGUCCGCCUACAUCUGAGCUUCUUUGUUAAUUCUGACGGAGCAUUAGAAUGCCGGGAGCAUAAUGCUAUAGUUGAUCGAGAUCAGGAUAUCGGAUGUCUUUCCAGAUUAUCCAGCAAACUCAUUUUACGCGGGAAAACCGGCCAGCGCCAACGCUCGCUAUUGAUUCCUUACGGAAUGGUAAGAAUCAGCAAAGGGGGUCUAUACAACGAAGUUUCGAUAGAGCCUUCCAGCGAUUCACGCGUCAAAUAUUUUCACUACUUUUUCGACCCUACCCUUGGAAUACUCUCAGACACCUCCGGCAUGGUAGGUACGCUAUAUCAAGCUUAUUUGCACGCCGUUACUACCCAUGUGCUUCCUGACACUGCAACAAACCGUUCUGGGACCGAGGAAGCUCUGCGUAUACUCGGACAAGCCCGGAUGAAAAGCUCGUUUCCUUUAGAUAGUGAUUGCACUCACCUAUUGGAGCUUAUCGCGUCUCUAACUCCACGGCGGCAGUAUCAUCCGCCUGGAAUGGAGGUCAUGCAAAGGGUCAUCUGGAACCCACAAAUGCCUGAACUAGCACAACAUGAUGACUUCAGGGUGAUUACUCAAGAUAUCUUUAAUCACACAGCUAAAUUUGCGUCAUUGCAUGGUUCGAAGAAGGAGCCUCCAUCAGGGCUUGAUCGUGGAGAAAUCCACCUUCUCGAUAGAGCACGACAUCGUCAUUCCCGGUUCCGUCGGUCUGAGUUUGCGAACAAUUCCACCGGUCUAGAUAUAAAAUAUUUCAGGCCAUCUGAAUAUGACGCGCGAGAUCGCCAUGGCUGUGUUAGUGAUCGAAGCCGUCGUGUGUAUGAGAUUGCUGCGCUUAUCCGAGAUUGGCCCUCCAAUGCAAGUCAGAAAGAAGCGCUUCUCAAUAUGGUCAAAGCAUGGGGUAAUUUUUAUAUGAAAAUACUUACGCCAGAUCAGCACACAUAUACUUCACUCAUAGAUUCGCAGAUUCAACACCUAUGGGGCUCUCUAUACAGCCAGUGCCGCUCGAGCAACCGGGAAUCGGGAACAUACAAACUGAUUUCAGUAUUUUGCACGAUUGCCUUCGGUGGAUCAGUACCAACCUGGCAACUGCGUCAUCUGUUAACGAUUGCAUUUUCUGGAUAUUUUCCCGAAAUCCCUCAAAGGUUGCUCCAAGGGCCAGUGCAACUGGGUCUGGCACCGGGGCAAGACAUUGACAGGUCAAAAGUCCAAGAAGAGAUAUCUAACAACUACCCGCCUAAAAAACCCAAUCCCAGAGGAAACAUGAAGAAUCUAUCAAAACCCGAAAAGGAUAAAAUGCGUUACGAACGGAAUAAAAAGUAUGAAAAAACGAAAAAACAGGAAAUCGAAGCCCUGGCAAGCCAAAUCACCAGACAGUGGCCAUGCGAAGUCCUCCAACGGCCUACCAAUAUGGAGCCCUGGCAAGUCAAGAGCUGGAAUGCCUCUGAUAUUCUGUUCAAGCAGUUUAACAGAAAUGUCCAGUUUUAUCAGUUUAUUGAGCUUGUACAACAGAAGCUAGAUGAUGUGCCUACAUCUUCACUUCCAGACCUACCACCAAUACCACCUGCUCUUCCAAAGUGCCGGCCCUUGAUUUGUGCUCGAUCAAAUCCCUGGCAGGCCCCAAUUUUCCAAGAUAUGUUAUGUUCCUCAAACGCUCCGCUCCCGAUGGACAUAGAUCAAGCACCCCUGAGAUGCCAGAGACCUCAAGUGCCUGCAUCUUCUGAUACCGGCCCUAUAACUGAUCUCCAAUCCUUAAUAUGGGGUCUCCGCGAAGGUUCCAAUGGCCUGCGCCAACAAUAUGCGAUUAAUCUUUUGGAAAGUCUGGAAGCACUAAAGAAAGUCCACUUGCCCUGUGCAUCUGCGGGACUCCCUGUUGAGAGAGACACUCUUGUCCAGCAUCACAAACGCGCGAUAGAGCAACGAGAUAGCCUUUGGAGCCAGAUUGUUUUGGCAUUAACAACGGUGGACAGUAGAUGGAAGGCCAUAGGUGGUGCCGUAUUUUGGCCUUCUAUCACUGUCUUGUCGAUGCUGUCGUUUCUCGCCGCUGAUAAGUGGGAUUCCGUUCCUCCAUUAUGGAAGAAUACCCUUGUGAUGUUUGCGAAGGCCACUGCUUCCUUGCGUCGAUACGAACGACUUUUAGAACAUUUUGACAAAAAGGAUGUCAAUACUUUCUACAAAGAAGCAGAAACACUAAGCUGCGAGGGGUGGGAGGCAUCAAGUAUUCCUGAUUGGUUACUAUUGGAAAUCGAGGGAAACCUGACAAUCAGAGAACGCCAGGCAAAUGUCGCACAGAGAAUGAUUACACCUGAAUCUAACGAAAACUGUGUCCUGCAAUUGAACAUGGGGGAAGGGAAAACGACCAUUAUCACACCGAUGAUUGCGGCGUGCCUCGCAAAUGCCACCCAGAUGGUUCGCAUUGUAGUGCUGAAACCACUGUUGCGACAAAGUAUAAACCUUCUCUCCCAGCGCCUUGGGGGUCUACUGAACCGUCAAAUUUACCAUGUUCCUUUUUCAAGAAAUACACACAUUGACAAAAGCACUAUAGAGACCUUACAGGCAAUCUAUAGCGAAUGCCAGCAGAACCGAGGAAUCCUUAUUGUUCUUCCAGAGCAGCUACUUUCGUUCCGACUAGUCGGCCUGGAUCUCGCACCCAGCGAUAAUGCACUUGGACUCGUUGACAUAGAACAAUCACUACAGGAUAGUUGUCGCACUAUCAUUGACGAGAGCGAUGAAAUCCUGGAUCCCAAAUUUCAAUUAAUAUACACGCGAGGUAAUCAGCAGAAUGUCGAUGGGGAAAGUGAUCGCUGGGGCAUUAUCCAGCAUGUCCUUGAGUUAGUAGAAAAACAAGUCGUGGCUUUGCAGUCGGAAGAUCAGACGAGCCUGGAUAUCGAACAGCGGGGCGUCCGCUAUCCUCUUAUUCAUUUUUUGAGCGAGGCUGCUCCGGAUCGACUGCUUAAAAGGGUCACCGACGCUAUCAGCCGUGGAGAACUCCCAGGACUAUCAUUCACGGAGUGGGCAGAGGCAACCCAAAAGAGCGUGCUGAAUUUCAUAACUUGCGAUAAAACCGACAAGGCAGAUGAGAGGGUAGUACAAAAUACCUUCAAGGAUAGUAUAAUUCUCAAGAAACUCCUGGUCCUGAGGGGCCUUUUUGCUUACCGUAUACUACGCUUUGUGCUAGCAAGCAAGCGCUGGCUUGUGGACUACGGCGUUCAUCCCUCGCGGUGCUUGUCAGCGGUGCCAUUUAGGGCCAAGGGGGUGCCAUCAGAGAAUGCUGAGUUCGGGCAUGCGGAUGUUGCGCUGGUAUUGACGUGCCUGAGCUAUUACUACGAGGGCCUUACCGAAAAGCAAGUUCGACAAUGCUUCUAUUUCCUAAUGAAAGAGAACGAUCCCGGGGCUGAAUAUCAGCACUGGAUUACACGGAACCGGGAUGAACUGCCCGAGGGUCUACACUCCUUCAAUGGGGUCAAUUUGGAGGAUGAUGACACGUUCCAGGGAGCAUUCUACCAUCAUCUCCAGUAUCAGAAAGGAAUCAUUGACUUCUUCCUUGCCAAAGUUGUCUUUCCAAGGGAGGCAAAAGGUUUUCCUUUCAAAUUGUCGUUGUCUGCAUGGGACAUCCCAUCGAAACCGCCUCAGCCACUUACGACCGGAUUCAGUGGAACAAAUGACAAUCGAUAUUUGCUGCCAAAAUCAAUGCCCCAGAAAGAUCUACCGUAUCUUCUUCAUACCAACGCCAUGGUUCUAAGUCAGCUUCUUCAAGAAGAUAAUAGGCAGUGCAUCCUUGUAGAGGAUAAGGAUGGUCGUCAGCUUCCGGUGAACGGGCUCUUGCAUCUUAUAAAUGAUCAAGAUCCUCAUAUCAAGGUUAUCAUUGAUGUCGGAGCCUUAGUACUAGAGUCAAGUAACGAAGAAGUUGCGAAGACAUGGCUAUCUAUUGUUCCAGCUGAGAGAGCCCGCGCUGCUAUCUAUUUUGAUACCAAUGAUGAGGCUAUGGUGGUGGACCGAGAGGGUUACGUCGAGCGGCUUGUUGCAUCGCCUUUUUACGACCGGCUACAUCUUUGCUUGGUCUUUCUUGACCAACACCGCGCUAGAGGCGUCGAUAUCAAGCUUCCACGCACAUAUCGUGCAGCAGUGACACUUGGACCCCGGCUAACCAAAGACCGACUCGUUCAAGCAUGUAAUAGGAUGCGCGAACUAGCCAACGGCCAAUCAGUGGCUUUUUUUAUACCUCCAGAAGUUAAACAUAGUAUGAAGAAUAACGGCGCAGCCAUUACUUCCAUCAACGUUGUACAGUGGGUGCUAGAACAGACUUGCGAUCAGCUGGAAAAAUUGCAACCACUCUGGGCAUGGCAGGGCCUACAACAUUUCCGCUGCGCCCAAGUAUGGGAUGAUUUCAGAACGCGUGCCAGCUCCUUAGAAAAUAUUGUGGUUCGCAUCCAGGAACCUGAGUCAAAGUCUCUCUCUCAAUUAUAUGCUCCAUGGGGGGAGCUUCCUCAGUCUAUUACUUUACUCCGAGAAUUAGCCGCAUACGAUCCAACAGUCCAUGAACUUCUUGGGAAAUGGGAAAGGGCCGAAUCUACGCAGACUAUUCUUUGCGAGGAGCAAGAGCGAGAGCUAACCCAGGAAAUCCAAAGAGAGCCUCAAAUCCACCGUCCGCCAUCUGUGGAAGCCCAAAAUCACACCGUACACGCCCAUAUCAAGCACUUUGUCAAGCACGGCCGAUUCCCCGAUUGGUACUCAUCUGAGGCCGCCGAACCAGCAUUCAAAACGUGUCUAUCGCGGACAUCCGCUCAUGCAUUCGAACUCCCUUCCACUGUCGGAUCCCAUAUUCAUGUUUCGCUCGACUUCCUCGAUACGAUAAAACAGGAUGAUAACACUGUUGAUGAUGAGUUUCUGAAACCUGUGCACUGGGUUCUCUCGAGCAACAGCAAUGAAAUGCUUAUCGUUAUCAGCCAGCACGAAGCAAACUACCUGUUGCCCAGCAUCCGCAAGUCCAAAAAUGUUACACUUCACAUGUAUGCCCCCAGAAUGGCUAAAGACAUGUGCUCCUUCAGCAAACUUGACUUCCUCACAGUCGGCCAACCUAGGCCCAACCCCCAAGCCCAAAUCUCGCCGGAAGCCAUCCGAGAUCUUGAAAUAUUUUCCGGAAGUCUUUAUUUUGACUCUUUUGCCGAAUACCAGAGUGCCUGCCAAUUUUUCGGAUUCAAACCCGAUAGGAUCCUUGAUAUUCCCCAGGACUCCAUCACGACCGACGGCUUCGUGAGCAAGGAGGCGCGCACCCAGGCCCAAUGGCCAGUCCAUUGCCCUUUCACCACUAGCCCACUACCUUUUUUGAAAGCAUGGUAUGGAAUUCGGACAAGAGGCCAGGGGUUUUCUCAAUCACAUAUUGGGUCUAUCGUGGAGGCGCGACGCCUAACCGAGGACCGGUUCUGA